AUCGAAAAAUAUAAAACACAUAGUGUUAAAUUUAAAAUACCAAUAUUGUUUUAGUGUAAAAAAACAAAACAAACAAACCUCCUACAUCGUUUUGAUCCUGAACGCUCCCCGAGUGAUCGAGACGGCCGGAAGUAGUUUGCGGCAACGACCGGAUUUUCUGUGUGAAGACAGGAACAACAAAGAGGAGAAAGCGCCCGGGUUUUAAACCGACUUGAGAACACACCUGAAAACAAAAUCAAGGAAAUUAGCUGUUGUUCACAGUAGGGCAAAAGAAGUUGGUUUGUAUGUGAGGACAAGUGUCUGCCGAGCCAACCAUGGCGAACAAUGUAGAAGAUAUUGAAAACAAUAUGGACGAGCAGGAGACCAAUGUGGCCUCUGAACCCCCCCAGCAGCCACAGGAGUCUGCAGUGACCAGAGCCCGGUCCAGAGGAGGCUCAGGAGGAGGAGGAGGUGAUGGCGAAGGUGGAGGUGGCAAUGGUAGCGGCCCGGAGCAGAACGGACAGCCCCCCGCCGCUCGGCCUCCACGUGUGGUGGAGACCGAGGAGGACGAGGAGGAGGAGUUGACCUUGAAGUACGGGGCCAAGCACGUCAUCAUGCUGUUCGUUCCCGUGACCCUCUGCAUGGUGGUGGUCGUGGCAACUAUAAAGUCCGUCAGCUUCUACACCCAGAACGACGGGCAGAGAUUGAUCUACACGCCGUUCCCCGAAGACACGGACACAGUCGGACAGAGAGCCCUCAACUCCAUCCUGAACGCCACCAUCAUGAUCACUGUGAUCAUCGUCAUGACUCUGGUGCUGGUGCUGUUGUACAAGUACCGCUGCUACAAGGUGAUCCAAGGCUGGCUCUUCCUUUCCUCCCUCCUCCUGCUGUUCUUCUUCUCCUACAUAUACCUCAACGAGGUUUUGAAGACCUACAAUCUGGCCAUGGACUACUUCACCCUGGCGAUAAUAAUCUGGAACUUCGGAGUGGUGGGCAUGAUGUGUAUUCACUGGAAAGGGCCGCUGCGGCUCCAGCAGGCCUACCUCAUCAUGAUCAGCGCCCUCAUGGCUCUGGUUUUCAUCAAGUACCUGCCAGAGUGGACCGCCUGGCUCAUAUUAGCCGUCAUAUCCGUCUACGAUCUGUUAGCGGUGCUCUGCCCCAAAGGGCCUCUGAGGAUCCUGGUGGAGACGGCUCAGGAGAGGAACGAGCCCAUCUUCCCAGCUCUCAUCUACUCCUCUACAAUGGUGUGGAUCGUCAACAUGGCCGACACUGAAUGGCCACCGAAAAGGAACUCGACAGAAGCGGCGCCACCUCAACAAGAGUCUCAAGAAGCCGCGGGGUCUCCGGCUCCCGGCGCCCUGUCGCAGGACGACGGCGGCUUCAGCUCCACGUGGGUCAACCAGCAGCAGCACCAGCUGGGGCCGCUCCAAUCCACCGAGCAGACCAGGCGGGAGAUCCAGGAGCUACCGUCCGCUCGCCCUCCUGCUGAAGACGACGAUGAGGAGAGGGGCGUCAAGCUGGGCCUCGGAGACUUCAUCUUCUACAGCAUGCUGGUGGGAAAGGCCUCGGCCACAGCCAGCGGCGACUGGAACACCACGCUCGCCUGCUUCGUUGCCAUCCUCAUUGGCCUGUGUCUGACCCUGCUCCUCCUCGCCAUCUUCAAGAAAGCGCUCCCCGCUCUGCCCAUCUCCAUUUUUUUCGGCCUCGUCUUCUACUUCGCCACGGACAACCUGGUCCAGCCCUUCAUGGACCAGCUGGCGCUACACCAGUUCUACAUUUAGCCGGACGCUGCCCUGAUGACCCUCACCCACAUAGCCCUCUGGCCAACAACACGACAGCGCUCCCUUCACAGCCGGGGGGCGGGGGGGGGGGGGGAACAAAGGGCGAUGUGGGCCCGACGCCCUCCCGCAUCCCCUUCUAAGAACUCACGAUGACGGGACACAAGUUGUUGUUUUUGUUCUGCCUCUUUCUUUCCGGCACCAAGGGAGGGCCUUCCCCUCGACAGCUGUUCUUAGAUAUUUUAUUUCAGUUUUAAACCAAGAAGUGAGAUGUCUUGCUCGUCCUGGGAAAGUCAUCUUCAAAUCGCCGAUCGCCGGCCUCGGGCUCUACUCAAACCAAGGAGUUAGUCGGAGUAUUUUACCUUCUUUUUUUAUUUAUCCAGGGAAGCUUUCACAACAGCAGCAACCUGCUUCCUACUCACACAGAAUCAUAUCUGGGAGCUGCCCAUUACAGUCCUCUGCAACCGGGGCUUUGCAGCAGGUGCCUUGCUCAGGGACACCUCGGGGGUAGCUGUUGAGCGAAGGGAGAUGAUUUCAUUAAAUCUCCCUUCAAAGACUUUGAUCAAACAUCUUCAUUUAUUUUUUACUUCUGAGCUGCCCCCCUCCCCCCAAAAAAAUACCCUAAACCCAAGAUUUAAAAAAGCCUUCGUCAAACUAACGGACACUGUACGAUGAUGUUGAUAAUAGAUUGGUAAAUGUGUAGUUUGAUUGUGUACGAGCUGUCACUCACCAGACGUGCUUUCUUCACCGCUGUUAAGAAUGGUUAAGACGUGUUUCAGUUUCCCCACUUUGGACGACGCGCGAGAACCAAAACUGAAAGAUUGACACCGAGCAGGAUGUUUAGAGCCUGUGAAUCUUUCUCACGAAAAAAAAAAAAGAGGACACAUUGAUUUGUUGACGCGCGACUCGUCACCGUGUUUCCUCCAGUUAAUUUUACGUCGAAUCACAUUUGAAGUCAAAGCCCGCAGGGGGAGGGACGUUCACACAAACACUCACACCUGAGACUUGCCUGCCACGUCAGUCCCGUUCUGUCAGCCACUGAGCAGUUCUGCUGGAGCAGUCGGAGGUUCAGUGCCUUGCUCAAGGGCGUAUCAGUAGUCGUAGUUGUUGUUGUUGUUGUUAUUGUGGGACAGAAAUGUGCUUUUCAUUCUCUUCCCCAACUGAGAUUUAAUUUGUUUUUGUUGUUCAAUCUGUCCAGGGAUUGUAACCUGUGGUCAUCUGGUCACAAGCUCUGAACCUUUUGGGCUCCAGCUGCUCUCAUGAUGCUCUCGCCCCGGUGCUGUCUGGAACCAUGCUACAUCAAAACACUUUGAUUAUUUCGACUAUACACAGAUACCUGUUGUGUGUUUUUUUCAAGAAAUGCAUAAGGGGGACUUUGUACUUUUUGAAACACGAGGGUGAAUGUUAACGGGGUUCCUUCACAGAUCAGGAAUAUCUGGGAAAGAGCGAAAACAAACAAAUCCUUUUUGACAUAAACGAUGUGCACGUUUUGAGACCAAAACACUCUGAUGAAAGAGUUGUAAAUCUAGUUUGAUUUGAUACCUGAAUUUGUGAAAAUCUUUGGAAAACAAUCUCCAAUCAUCGAGCAUUAUUUGCUUAAUUGUCUAUUUUAAUCAUGUUAAAAACAAAGCAAAAAGUUUAAAUCGAGGCAAAAGAAUUAUGUUUUUUUGUGAAAUAUUGACGUGUAUGAACCCAAACUGGCUUCUCGCAUAUGAGAUGAUGCAGCUAGAUGGAGGAGGACGAGCAGCACUGGUUGCUCUCGGGUUGUUGCCGCUCGAGUUUCGUGCUUUCAGAGAAGAAACCACGAGGGAGCAAUUUAGUUUGUCCUGAAACUCAUUUUUUUGGAAUAUGUUGGGUGACUGGCUUUUUUUCUGUCCUUCACAUGCAUAUGUGUGUUAUGCAAGGUUAUUCAAUUCAGAUUUUGUUUUUUAAUAAAUAAUGAAAGUUAAAGUA